AUGUCUACCGAUAAAAUCACAUUUUUGUUAAACUGGCAACCAGCCCCAUACCAUAUUCCAAUCUUCUUGGCUCAAACCAAAGGUUACUUCAAGGAACAAGGUCUAGAUAUUGCUGUUCUAGAACCAACCAAUCCUUCAGAUGUCACUGAAUUGAUUGGUUCCGGUAAAGUGGACAUGGGUUUGAAGGCUAUGAUCCACACACUAGCUGCCAAGGCUCGUGGCUUCCCAGUCACUUCCGUCGCCUCUUUGUUGGAUGAACCAUUCACUGGUGUCCUAUACUUGGCCAACAGYGGUAUCACCGAAGACUUCCAAUCUCUAAAGGGUAAGAGAAUCGGUUACGUUGGUGAAUUCGGUAAGAUUCAAAUCGACGAAUUGACUAAGCAUUACGGUAUGACYCCAGACGACUAUACYGCCGUCAGAUGUGGUAUGAACGUUGCCAAGUACAUCAUUGAAGGUAAGAUUGACGCCGGUGUUGGUAUCGAAUGUAUGCAACAAGUCGAAUUGGAGGAAUACUURACCGCACAAGGCAGACCAGCUACCGAUGCUAAGAUGUUGAGAAUCGAUAAGUUGGCUUGUUUGGGCUGUUGUUGUUUCUGUACCGUUCUUUACAUCUGUAACGACGAAUUUUUGAAGAAGAAYCCUGAAAAGGUCAAGAAGUUCUUGAAAGCCCUUAAGAAGUCUACCGACUACAUGUUGAGCAACCCAGUUGAAGCUUGGAAGGAAUACGUUGACUUCAAGCCACAAUUGGACACUGAUUUGUCUUACAAACAAUACCAAAGAUGUUACGCUUACUUCUCUUCAUCAUUGUACAAUGUUCACCGUGACUGGAAGAAGGUUACCGGUUACGGUAAAAGAUUGAACAUCUUACCACCAGACUAUGUUUCUAACUACACCAACGAAUACUUAUCUUGGCCAGAACCAGAAGAAGUUUCUGAUCCAUUAGAAGCUCAAAGAUUGAUGGCUCUUCACCAAGAAAAGUGUAGAAAAGAACACACUUUCAAGAGAUUGGCUCUUCCAGCUUAA